CAGCUGGAGGACUCCAGGGUCCUUGGGGCAUGCUCCUGUAACCUUGGAGCAGCCUACGUGGAAGCGGGGCAACCUCAGAAAGGACUGGACUAUCUUCAGCAGGCUCAGCCCGGUCCAAAGGUGGAUCAGCUCCCAGACCUUCAGUUCAACCUGGCGUUGGCCCACAAUGCACUUGGACAAAGUCCAGAAGCUGCUGCCUGCUUCCUGAAGGCCGCUCAGCUCUACAGAUCUCGGGGGGAUGGGAGGAGCGAGGGAGACGCUUGCAUGGAGAUGGCCUGGUGCUACAGCAGAACACGGGACCGGUUUUUGGCGGUUCAGGGUUUCCUGCGAGCUGCAGAAAGUUACAGAGUUGCCACAGUUUUAGAUUCUGCAGCCAUCGCCCUGAAAGAAGCUGGAGAUCAUAUGAUCCAAUCAGAUCAGCUCAGUCAGGAUGACAUCACAGAUGUUUUGUCAAAGUGUCUGAGUUUGACGGACAGCAUCACUGACCCAAGCAUUCUGGGUGAGCUCUACCUGUCUGUUGGUGUUUCUUACUGCCAGCUCAGGUAUUUUCAAGAGGCGGUGCUAUGUUUUGAGCGGGCUUUGGACGUCACGUCUCAGAACCCCCCCCUGCAGGCCAAAGUUCUGCACAACCUAGGAGCUGCCCUGAACUCGUUGGGUCAGUUCAGCCCUGCUGUGGACUACCACAGGCUCGCUGCCACACUGUACGGCUCUCUGGGUUGCAGUGGUGACCAGGCUCGGUGUUUCAGUAACUUGGCAUUUGCCUGCAUUCAGCUGGGUGAUGAAGAGGAGGCAGAAAAGAGCUUCAUCCUUGCUCUGCAGGGAUUCCAGGACACAGAGGAUCACCUGGCUCAGGUUCAGGUGUGUGAGUCCCUGGCUGAGUGCUACCUGAGGCAGAAGAAGCAAGAUGCAUCUGUUCAGCUCUACAAACAGGCUUUGAGUGUCCUCUCUCACUGCCAGGAUGCUGAAGGUGUUCAGGAUCGACUGGUGGAGCGGCUGACCCAAGCUCUGCAGCAGAGUGUGGCUGUGGCCCAGAGACCACGCCCACUUAGACUCCACCAUCUGCAGCCCCACCCUCACAGCUCACCUGUGGGACGUCAUGUCAGAAAGAGUCUGGCUGCUGCAGCCAAUCAGCAUUCAGAGGAGCCAAGAGGGGAGGUUCCAGUAGGGUUUACAGGUGAGGCUCUCUCAAAGAAACAGAAGCCAUCACAACAGUGUUGGUCAGCAGGGGGCGGGGUUACUGAAAAAUCUGACUGCAUGAGCCUGACACCUGGACUUUGCAGUUCAGACCCACCAGAUCAGCAGAACCACAGUUCCCUCACUCCUGAUACACACCUGACACACAGUGAGGAUUCACCAGCUCAGCAGAUUGAAGCCCCGCCCACCAGCACAGGUGACAUCAAGAAAGAUUCAUCUCCUCAGUCCAGAUGGAAGUCCUUGUUCUGUUCACUGAUGUAGGACUUUGUCUUCUGAAAAGACUGAAGUCAUUAUUGAUUCAAUUUAUUGUCCAAUGGCAGAUCAGCUGGUUUCCAUUGAAACGUCCCCAUCAGGCAGAAAGCUGGGUUUCAAUUGGAAUGCCUCUCACUAACAAACUGUAAUGUAUCUAAAGGGUCUUUGUUCGUGUGAAUGUUGAAUGUCUGAAUUGCUGUGUUGACUUUACUUUACAAAGAUGAGGAGUUUCUAUAUAGCACCUUAUCAAGUCCUUACAGACUCCAACCUAACUAACUAGAUAUAGUGGACUGACCUCUACUCACAGCCUGGGCCCCAGAACCAAUCUCCUCGACUGUGCCCAGAAAUUAUUUACAUGGUGAAAUGCACUGAGCUGGUGUGGUCUACUUUUGGUCCCCGAUGAAGUGCCUUUGUGUUGGAGUUUUGAUGUGAUUGAAAGAACCGGUGUCUUUGAUCUGAACCUCAGCGGUGUUCUGUUGUUGGACUUCUGUGCUAGUCACAGUUUGUCCAUCACAAACACCAGGAUCAAGCAUAAAGGUGUCCAUAAGCGCACUGAUCACCACCGUGUAGUGAGUUGGAUCAGAUGACAGAGGAAGAUGGCGGAAAGACCCAGUAGACCUGUGUCUGUCUUCAUAUUCUGUGGUGGACACCCCGGAUAAGGGAGGCUGUCCAUCUGGAUGAGUCCUAUCUGGCCUUGUUGUCUUGUAGGACUCUGGAGGCAACUGAGGAGUAUCGGCCGAGGUAAAAGCUCAUGUGGGAGGGGUUUGGUGAGGCCCUGGAUAAAGACUUUCGAUCAGCUCUGAGGAGAUUUUUACAAACCAUCCAGCAGCUGAGGUGGGGGCGGCAGCACUUCACUAACACUGAAGCUGGGGUGCUGUUGACCUCAACCAGCGAUGUCGUCGGGAGGUGGAAGGAGUACUUCUCAGACCUUCUAAUCGCACCGGCAUGUCUUCCAUAGAGGAAGAUGAGACAGGGAUUUUGGGGUUUCUUUGUCCAAAAGUGGGGCUGAGGUCAUGGAGGUAAUUAAAACGCUCCACAGGUUGUAGGGAAGUCCUGGUUGACAUCUUUGUUACAUGGUGUGGACAUCGGGGGCAGUUCCCCUGG